AUGUCUAAAGACAAGAAGAAAGAGGUUGUCACGCAAGAUCCGCGGUUCGCCAAGGUUUACAGCGACCCGCGGUUCAAGGUGCCAAAACGCAAGGACCUGAAGGUUGCUGUGGAUGACCGGUUCUCGAAAGAUGAGCUCAAGAUGGGCAAGAAGAAGAAGCUGGACAAGUUUGGACGCAAGGUCAAGGAGGACAAGAAGUCUGAUUUCGAAAAGUACUACAAGAAGGAGGACGAAAGUGAGAGCGAGAGUGAGAGUGAGGCCAGCGACACCACUACGAGCGUUCUCGACCGGGCCAGAGGACUGGUUUCUGAGGACUCCGAGUCCGAGGAGAGUGACAGCGACAGCGAGGUUGUCAGCGAAGACGAGGAGGAUGACGAGGAGGCCCAGGAGGGCGUUCCAGAAGGAGAGCCUACAAGUACGUUUGCAGUGGUGAAUCUCGACUGGGACCAUAUAACGUCCGCAGACUUGUUUGCUACCUUUAUUGGGUUUGUUCCAAAAGACGGAAAGAUUCUGUCUGUUUCGAUAUAUCCUUCCGAAUACGGCAAGCAGCGAAUGCAGCAGGAGGAGAUCGAGGGUCCGCCAAAAGAGCUUUUCAAAUCAAAGAAGGUGGAGAGCGACUCGGACGACGACGACGAGCUGGACAUGGCCAAGGCUGCCAAGAAACUGUACGAGGAAGACGACGGAACAGACUACAACUCGAAAGCUCUGCGGCUGUACCAGCUCCAGCGGCUCAGAUACUACUAUGCGAUUGUGAAAUGCGACUCUGUGGCCACCUCGCGUGCGAUCUACGAGAGCUGUGACGGCACAGAGUAUGAGUCGACGGCGAACCAUUUCGAUCUUCGGUAUGUUCCCGAAGACAUGACGUUUGACGACGCCCCACGCGACGAGUGUCUGAAGAUCCCUGCCAAGUACAGACCAAAUGCGUUCACCACAGACGCGUUGCAGCACUCGAAGGUCAAGCUAACUUGGGACGAGACUCCUGCGGAGCGAGUGACUAUGGCCUCAAGAGCGUUUUCGCAGAAAGAGAUCGACGACAUGGACUUCAAGGCGUAUCUUGCUUCUGACUCGGAGGAGAGCGACCACGAGGCCGCUGCUAAGUACAAGAGUCUUGUUGCUGGUGCGUUGGAGUCGAAGGAGGACGACGUGGACAUGGAGGUGUCGUUCAACCCUGGUCUUUCUGAGGAAAAGACUGACGCUACCGAGGAGAGUACGAUCGACAAGAUCAAGAGAAAGGAAAAGGAGAGGCGCAAGAAGAGAAAGGAAAAGGUGAAGGAGUUGAAGAAGGCGACCGAGGAGGAGAAGAGGGCGGCCAAACAGGCUGUCAAGCAGAAGAAGCACGAGCAGGACGAAAAGAGCAAGGCCGAGCUGGAGCUGCUGAUGAUGGACGAAGAGAAGGAGCACGAGCAUUUCGACAUGAAGCAGAUGUUGAAGGAGGAGAAGAAGAAGCGUAAGGAGAAGAAGAAGAAGGGCAAGGCCGUCGAGGAGGAGACUGCUGGUGUUGACUUGGAGGAGAACGAUACUCGUUUCAACGAGAUCUUCGAGGACCACGCGUUUGCAAUUGAUCCUACACACUCAGAGUUCAAGAGAACGUCUACCAUGGAGAAAUUAAUGAAGAAGCGUGCCCGUAAGGAAGGAGGCUCGAAAACAGAAAAACUGGGCGAUUUGGUUGCCAAGAUCAAGCGUCGUAAAUAG